AUGCCCUGGGCCGAGCCUAUUAAACCAUAUGAGAAGCCGGCUGAAGUUGUUCGGGCAGAGGGUUUUGUGCCGGGGACGUAUCUGGUUGAUACUUUAGGCCCUCUCAGGUGGACCUGUCGUUUGAAGAUCUUCUUCGAUGAUAGCCAAAAUUACGCACGAGGAAGUGGCUUUCUCGUUAACUUACCCGCCGGAAGUAAAAAAGACUUGAUAAUGACAGCAGGCCAUAAUCUUGUCAACAGUGAGGGGAAAUAUGCAAAGUCUAUUGAAAUAUUGUUUGGAGGAGUUGGCGGUAGUAGCAUUGGUUCCGAGGAAACAGUAGUAAGUAAAGAUAAAAACGAGUAUUUCGCCUCACGAAGUUACGAGAAAGAUCCUACCGAAAAUAAUGCUGUAAACGACUAUGGGUGCAUAUUGCUUAAAAAGAGGGUCGGUGGUUCGCCUCGAGCGGGAUUUAGUUACAGUGUCAUCAUGGAGGAAGAAUCGAUCCUCGAGAAGGAAGCAACGGUCUACGGCUAUCCGGCCCAGAAUCACGACGGAUCCAUCAUAUUGGCGGACAUAGCCCUGAAUGCUUUCGGGAAAAUUACAAAGAUCGACUUAAACGGAAAACAACUACAGUAUCUGAUUACCACUGAAAAAGGACAUAGCGGUGGUCCGGUUUGUGUCAGAGUAGACGAUUACUACACCGCAAUUGGAAUACAUAAUUACGCAGGAAAGCCAGGCACGAACAGAAACUGCGGGUCAAUUCUCACAUGCGGUAACCUCUUCGAAAUGCUUGAACAUUGUUACGAAAGGACAUCUAUCGAGCUUUAUCUGCCAGGAUCCAUGGGAUCGAGCUUAGAAGCGCAAAGAAAUAGCAACAUCUUUUUGAAGAUACCUCCUGGACGUCGAUCUAGAGUACUUGCACAACAUGGCAAGGACAAAUAUACACAGGUGAACCUGAUUCCAGUUGAAACCUACCCAGUGGCAUUUGCAGGAUCCGGAAAAGAGACUCAGAUUCCGAAGUAUAUCAUUGCUACUCCUCACCGAGAACCAUAUAUCGUUCUCGAGUUCUGUACGGGCUCGCAGAAUCAAACGGGAGAGCCACCGAGACCAGGAAUGGUGAUCAAUUCCACGGAAGAAGACCUCAUGCACGGCCGACCGACGAAGAGGAAUCUUGUGGAACUGAGGGAAGUAUCUACUCGAGUUGAACUAGUGAGCGACACAACCCCGGACGCGGGAAAGUACAAGAAGUUCUUCGUGAACGGAAUAGACUAG